CUAUGUGGCAGAGCCAGCAUUCCUUCCAGACCCCAAUGACGGCAGCCUGUAUAUCCUGGGAGGAAAGAACAAAGAAGGCUUGAUGAAGCUGCCGUUCACCAUCCCAGAGCUGGUGCAGUCCUCGCCGUGCCGCGGCUCGGACGGAGUGCUGUACACCGGGAAGAAGCAGGACACGUGGUUCAUUGUGGACCCCAAGUCAGGGCAGAAGCAGACCACCCUCUCAGCAGAGGCCUGGGAUGAUCUGUGCCCAUCCAGCCCCUUGCUCUACAUCGGACGGACCCAGUACAUCAUCACCAUGUAUGACACCAAGUCACGGGAGCUGCGCUGGAAUGCCACCUUCUCCGAGUACUCGGCCCCGCUCUGCGAGGAGUCCUACCACUACAAAAUGGCACACUUGGCCUCCAGCGGGGACGGGCUGGUGGUGACCCUGGACAAGGAGAGCGGGGAGGUCCUGUGGGCACAGAACUAUGGCUCACCUGUGGUUGGCAUCUACCUGUGGCACCAGGACAGCCUGCGCCGCCUCCCCCACCUCAACCUGGCCAUGGAGACCCUGCGCUAUCUGACCUUCCAGUCACAGGACAUCCACGUCCUCAAGUGGAGCUACCAGUCUGUCAAGGACUUCGCCUCCACCAAGACCCAGCUGCUGCCGGCGCUCUACGUGGGAAAGCACGCGACCAGUUUCUACGCCGUGACGUCCCUGGUGCACGGCAGCGUGGCGCUGGUGCCCCAGGGCAUCACGCUGGCCAGGAUCGACGGCCCCACCACGGACGACGUGACCAUGAGGGAGUCCGGGGAGUGCGAGAUCAUGCCCAGCACGGACGUCAAGUACCCGCAGGGCAGCAUCAGCUCACUUCCCAACCAGUGGCUCCUCAUAGGGCACCAUGAGCUGCCUCCUUUGGUUCACACCACGAUGCUGCGAGCCUUUCCAGAGAACCUGAGGAAAACCACGGAAACCAUCAUCCCCAGGGCUCGUCCCUCCAGGACCGUGUUCGACGACUUCCUGGCCCCGAGCAGCCCGGAGGAGCCAGCUGUGCGCAGCGAGGGGCAGCUCCAGCCAGACCCCACGCCGGGGGAGCAGGUGGAGGUGUACCCCGAGUCUGGCACCUGGGACCUGGUGAUGGCUGGCGCUGGCACGGCUCUGCUGGGCGGGGGAAUCCUGGUCCUGCUGCUCACGAAACUGCAGCGGCAGCACGUGGCCCAGCAGCAGCAGCUGGAGGAGCAGAUACAGCUCCUGCAGCAGCAGCAGGAGAUGCUGCGCUCGGGCCGAGUCUCCAGGGAGGGCAUCCCUGAGGAGCCCAGGGAGCUGGAGCUGAGCCAGGGAAGUGCAUCAGAGCUCUGCCAGAGCUCCAGCCCCUCCGCCUGCCUGAAGGACCCGGCUAACGGGACAGUCAGCCCAGAGCCAGCUGUCCCAGUGGCUGCUGAAGAUGCAGAACCAGACCUGGUUGUAGUUGGGAAAGUUUCUUUUAACCCCAAGGACGUGCUGGGCCAUGGAGCUGGAGGAACCUUUGUCUUCAAGGGGCAGUUCGAGGGCCGCCGUGUGGCCGUCAAGCGUCUCCUGCCCGAGUGUGUCCACCUGCUGGACCGCGAGGUGCAGCUGCUCCGGGAGUCGGACGAGCACCCCCACGUCGUCCGCUACUUCUGCACCGAGAGGGACCGGCAGUUCCACUACAUCGCCAUCGAGCUGUGCUCCGCCACGCUGCAGGAGUACGUGGAGAGCCCCAGCUUUGAGCGCCGUGGGCUGGACCCGGUGUCUGUGCUGCGUCAGACCAUGUCCGGGCUGGCCCACCUCCACUCCCUCAGCAUCGUGCACCGUGACCUGAAGCCCUGUAACAUCCUCAUCUCGGUCCCGAAUCGCCACGGGCAGAUCCGUGCCGUCAUCUCCGACUUUGGCCUUUGCAAGAAGCUUCAGGGGGGACGACAGAGCUUCAGCCUCCGCUCCGGGAUCCCUGGCACUGAGGGCUGGAUCGCGCCCGAGGUGCUGCAGGAGGCCCCGAAGGAGAACCCUACCAGUGCUGUGGACAUCUUCUCAGCCGGGUGCAUCUUCUACUACGUGGUGUCGGGGGGACAGCACCCCUUUGGGGACAGCCUGCGGCGCCAGGCCAACAUCCUGGCGGGCUCCUACCAGCUGAGCUGCCUGCAGGAGGAGGCUCACGACAAACUCGUUGCGAGGGAGUUGAUUGUGGCGAUGAUCAGCUCCGAGCCCCAGCGCCGGCCCUCGGCCCCUGUGGUCCUUGUGCAUCCCUUUUUCUGGAGUCAGGAGAAGCAGCUGCAGUUCUUCCAGGACGUCAGUGACCGUGUGGAGAAGGAGCCAGCCGAGGGACCCAUCGUCUCAGCCCUGGAGUCGGGGGGACGGGCGGUGGUGAGGACCAACUGGAGGAUGCACAUCUCCCUGCCGCUGCAGAUGGACCUGAGGAAGUUCCGCACCUACAAGGGGGGGUCAGUGCGUGACCUGCUGCGGGCCAUGAGGAACAAGAAGCACCACUACCACGAGCUGCCGGCCGAUGUGCGGGUGGCCCUGGGCUCUGUCCCCGAGGGCUUCGUGCAGUACUUCACCUCGCGCUUCCCGCGGCUGCUGCUGCACACGCACGGGGCCAUGCGCGUCUGUGCCCACGAGCGCACCUUCCACGCCUACUACUGCCAGGGCCUGAGGGGCGACGGCGCCUGAGGGCCACGGGUCCUGCCCGGGGGCCACGGGUCCUGUGCAAGGGCCACGGGUCCUGCCCGGGGGCCACGGGUCCUGUGCAAGGGCCACGGGUCCUGCCCGAGGGCCACAGGUCCUUCCUGAGGGCCACAGGUCCUGUGCAAGGGCCACGGGUCCUGCCCGAGGGUCACGGGUCCUUCCUGAGGGCCACGGGUCCUGCCCGGGGGCCACGGGUCCUGUGCAAGGGCCACGGGUCCUGCCCGAGGGCCACAGGUCUUGCCCGAGGUCCACAGGUCCUGUGCAAGGGCCACGGGUCCUGCCCGAGGGCCACAGGUCCUGCCCGAGGGCCAUGGGUCCUGCCCGAGGGCCACGGGUCCUUCCUGAGGACCACAGGUCUUGCCCGAGGGCCACAGGUCUUGCCCGAGGGCCACGGGUCCUUCCUGAGGGCCACGGGUCCUGCCCGAGGGCCACGGCCACUGUCCCCGCCCAGGCCCUCUCUCAUCGGUGUCCUGCUGCCAGGCCAGGCCGGGGCUCCGCAGGCCGGGCACGGGGCAGCAGAGGUGGGCACACCUGGGGACCCUCUGGGCAACCACCUUAGCAAACACUCACAGUCAGACUCAGGUGUGAAGGCAUUUGGGUCAGAAAACAAAGACGUCUCGGGUGGGCACAGUGCUUGGAGAAGAAAGAGGAAAACCCGUUGUGUUUUCACAGCGACAGCCAGAGCAGGGCCCUGGCACAGCUGCCCGGCUGCCAUCGGUCCUGGGGGACAUUCACCAGGGACAGAAAGCUUUGUCCCGUGGGUUCUCUCCUGUGCCAGGGGACGCAGCUCCUGGCGCUGUGCCCAGGACCAGGCCCCCAGUCCUGACACUGGAGCUCCAGGCCGGGCCGAGCAGCCGCCCUGGGGCUGGGACCUGCCCCACCAUGAAAGUGUGCAUCUCAGCUGGGCUCAGAACGGGGUUUCUCCCUUAGGGCUCCCAGCAGCCUGUACCUGUGCCAGGCCUGGUGGCACAGCAGUCCAGGAACAGUUGUCUCUGGGCACAAAGGAGGGAGUUCCUCUCUACUGGGAUCCUUCCCUCAAAGACAGGCCUAUGCCUGCAGCUCCCCCAGCCUCUCCUGCUGCGCAGGGCAGGUAUCCCAUGGGUGCUGUGGUUCGUGGCAUCCCCGUGGGCAUGUGUUCCCUGUGAGCCAGCCUCCAGCACCAGAGCUGAGCCCGUGGGCACAGUUCCUCUGUGGAACAGCAAAUCAUUUUGUACAGUCCGAUUCCUGUGUGUGCUGGGGUGUGGGAUUUUGUUACACAGGUAACAGGGUUUGUACCAGGUUUCUUUUCAGAAUAUAUUUAUACAAAAUGUUAUAAAAAUUAAAAAAUAAAAACUAAAAAGCUUCUUCUGCUUAAAAACAAA